AUGGACAAGAAGGAAGAUAUGACCAUCCACGACGACAUGGGCGAGAAGCCCGAGGUCGUCGGCAAGACCAAGGAGAUGAACACAACCUCGGCCGCUCUGGCGGCUGCCAUUGCUGCUGAGCCGCCACAGCUGAUGUCUUCCGGCAUGCUGAAGUUGUAUGCCAUCAUGUCGGUCGGUUACUUGGUCUCUACCAUGAACGGUUUCGAUGGUAGUUUGAUGGGCGCCAUCAAUGACAUGAAGACCUACCAGGAAACCUUUGGCCUCAGCUCCGCUGGCUCUUCGGCCGGCAUUGUCUUUAUUGUAUACAACCUUGGUCAAAUCGCCGCUUUCCCCUUCUGCCCUCUGCUCGCUGACGGCUACGGACGCCGCUGGUGCAUCUUUAUCGGCUGUGUCAUCGUCCUCGUCGGCACUGCCAUCCAGGGCGCCGCCAACACCCAAAGCAUGUUCAUUGGUGGUCGUUUCGUCCUCGGUCUGGGUGCCUCGAUCGCGUCGGCCGCCGCCCCUGCCUACACAGUUGAGCUCGCGCACCCGGCGUACAGAGGAUUCAUGGCCGGCAUGUACAACAACUUUUGGUGGAUCGGCAACAUCCUGGCCGGGUGGACCACGUACGGCACCAACCUGAACUUCAACAACGCCUGGGCCUGGCGCGUCCCCACCAUCCUGCAGUGUGCCCUGCCGUCCAUCGUCAUGGUCAUGAUCCUCUUCUUCCCCGAGUCGCCCCGUUGGCUGAUCGCCCAGGACCGCACCGAGGAGGCCCUUGCCAUCUUCGCAAAGUACCACGGCGACGGCAACCCCGACAGCGCCAUUGUGCAGCUUCAGUACCGCGAGAUUGUCGAGGAGAGGGAGGCCAUGAGGGACGACAACCCCUGGUGGGACUUCCGCGAGCUGGUCAACACUCGCUCUGCUCGCUACCGUCUUUCCAUGGUUGUCAUGAUGGCCUUUUUUGGACAGUGGUCUGGUAACAACGUCGUUUCCUACUUUAUGCCUGCCAUGGUCAAGGAGGCCGGCAUCAACGACGGCAACACCCGCCUGCUCCUCAACGCCAUCAACCCGCUCUUUGGGCUCAUCGCCUCCGUCUUUGGAGCCUACAUGCUCGACCGGGUCGGCCGCCGCUUCAUGAUGUUGGCUGGCCUGACGGGCGCGCUCUUCUUCUACGUCCUGCUGACGGCCUUCACAGCCGAGGUCAAGAACAACCCGAACCUGUCGUACGGCGUCAUCGUCUCCAUCUACCUCUUCGGCAUCUUUUUCGCCGCCGGUUUCACGCCGCUCCAGACCCUGUACUCGAUGGAGUGCCUCACCAACAGGACGCGCGCCAAGGGCUCGGGCAUCAACUUCCUGUUCCUCAACAUCGCCAUGAUCGUCAACACGUACGGCAUCGCCGUCGGCAUGGAGGCCAUCCAGUGGAAGCUGUACCUCGUCUACAUCGCCUGGAUCUCGAUCGAGAUCGCCAUCAUCUACUUCUUCGCCGUCGAGACGGCGGGCAAGACGCUCGAGGAGCUCGGGAGCAUCUUUGAGGCGCCCAACCCGCGCAAGGCGAGCACGCAAAAGACCAGGAUCGAGGUCGACGAGGCUGGAAACAUCCUCAGCAUGUCCAGCGGUGACGGCAGGGUGCGUGAUUCGGAAAGGGCCAUUUGA